AUGGCUGGAAGUGGUUCACGCAUGAAGAGAUCAUGUGCUUGUUGCCAAGGAUACCUGGAACACUUGGAUGGAAAGAUGAGCUGCUUCCUCAGGCGAAUGACAGCCGAUUCUAGACAUUGCAUGAUCUUGCCAGACCGAUUUGUAAACCAUUUUGGAGGAGAUAUCUCAGGGACCAUAAAACUGCAAUCUCCUAAUGGUAUUCUGUACGUUGUGGAAGUCAUUGAGUGCAAGAAUAAGACAGUGCUCAAAUGUGGCUGGCAGGCAUUUGUUGAUGCCCAUCACAUACAAGAGAAUGACUCCUUGUUGUUCCGUCACAUAGAGAAUUCUCGUUUUGAGGUUCUGAUCCUAGAUUCCAAUGAUUGUGAGAAAGUGUUCUCCUGUUCUGGCAUAAAAAACACUUGCAGUAUUCAAGGAAAAAACGUAGAUCCUGCUAGUAUUUCAGGCAGCUCUUGUGAUGACACUGCAGAAUCAUCAGAGAGUGAAGGGUUUGCUAGGUAUCAAAAUGGAAGCUUCAGUCAUCGUAGAAAAACAGCAAAGUUGGCAUCCUCAUCCUCAUCGCCCGAGGAUUCAGGAGAAGACAGUUCCUCUGACUCUGGACAUGAAUAUGUUGACUCUGGUGAUCUUGAGACCUCUCAAGAACCUUAUGUAUUAUGUCGCAGGAGUCAUCUAUCUAAGGUCCAAGAGGAGAAAGUCGAUGCGCUUAUCGAGGAAAUUCAUCCUGAAAUUACAGUUUUUGUGGCUAUCAUGAGGAAGUCCAAUGUUCAGUUGCCAGCUCCUUGUUUGGUCAUUUCCAGUGGCUAUGCUGCAGUACACUUUCCACAUACAAGUGGGACUGUUACCCUUCAGAGUCCAUGCAGAAGCAAGAAGUGGCAUGUCAUGUUCCACAAAAGAAGAGGCUCAAGAUUGAACAUUCUUAGAGGACAUUGGGCAGAUUUUGUCAAAGACAAUCGUGUGCAGGAACAGGACAUCUGCGUCUUUGUGCCGAUGAAGGGUUCAAGCAGUUUCACUUUCAUGGUUCAUCUUCUUCGUGCAGCGGCAACUUAUCCCAAGGGUGGAACUGUCAUUGAUAGAAUCGGCUCAAGCCUUGGAAUAAAAGAUCUGAAGUCAGCUUCAGAUAUCAGUAUUAAGGAGGAACCAAUUGAAGAGGAAAAUGUUUUCUCCAAAAGCAACAGGGAUGGAGUUUCUGAUGAGUCUCAGGAGAGUGAGGAUUCAGAAGGCCCUGCUGAUCCUCCCUACAUUUUACCUUGCAAGAACCGCCUGUCUCGAUUGCAAAAGAAGAUAGUCCAAGAGAGAGUGCGAUCCAUCCAAUCCAGGGUUCCCAUCUACGUAGCAAUCAUGAAGAAGAGCAAUGUUGGGUUAAUUGCUUCCCGUAGCCAGCUAGAGCUAGGCGCACGAUAUGCUGCUGCCGUUGAUCUUCCGGGCAUGGGCAGGCGGGCGGUGGUGCUGCAGCGGUCGGGGCAGAGAUGGGCCACCGUGAUGCAGAUCAGGAGCGGCAGCAGGAGGCUCCUCCUCGGUGGCUGGCACAGCUUCGUGCGAGACAACCGCCUCCGCGUUGGGGACAUCUGCCUCCUGGAGCUCAAGAAGGACGAGAGGAAGCUCACCAUGGCCGUCCAUAUCUGCAGGAAGGAGCAGUUUUUUUAGCUUUUGUGGUCGAUCAGAUCGAGGUGGUUAGAUUUUCAGG